GAAAAUGCAGAGAAGGAUAGAAGACGUUAAACACGGUCCCGGGCCGGGCCUGCUGGACAGCGCGACGUCCCUUCCCCCUUCCCGGGGCGGUGCCCGUCCCCGGCGGCCGGAGCAGGGGAGGUCACACUCGCCAGGCCCACGGCCCCGCCUGCUGCACGGGCCUCCUCCGCCAGCCCAUCCCUCACCGCCCCGGAGCGAGCCGCAGGAGUUGAAGGCGUGGCUAGAGGGCUGCGGGAGACAGCCUCUGGUGGUUUUAGGAACUUUCCUGAAAGAAACGCAGAAGGUACAUGUUAACCCUUAAGUUUGAAAGCUGGGUGGUGCUUCUGCUCCUUUUCUCAGGGAGUCUCUCCCUGCCGGCGGGAUAGAGGGAGACGUCAGACCAGGGCCGGCAAUGACAGCAUAACUAGCAGCAGGUUCACAGCUAAAUAGAGUAGGUUUAUAUCGGAUAUAAGGAAAAAUUCCAAUGAGGGUGGUGAAAAGUUGGAACAGGUUGUCUUGAGAAAGUUGUGGAUGCCCAUCCCUAUAAAUAUUUGGGGUCAGGCUGUAUGGACGAAACGGUUGGGGGUUAGAACUGCAUGGUCUUUGAAGGUCCUUUUCCAAACUGUUUUGUGAUCCCAUGAUGUUUGCUUCAUUAAAAAAAUACAAAAAAUUGAAGGAGGUAUUUGCAGGACUAGGCAAAAUUAAGUUAGAAUUCUUCUGGAGAAAGAUCAGCAGGACUCAAAAUAAUAGAUAGGAAUUACCUGGUUUAUAGCAGAGUGAGAAUCAAGUCCUAUUUCUGAAUUCUAAAUAACAAAUACUGCAGGGCUGAACUGAAAAUCACAAUAGAAUUGCCAUUAAAAAAAAUUAGACUUUUAGUUUUUCUUGAUUAAGAAAACCUGCUACUUUGAGAGGCAAAGCUCAUGAGGCAAAGCAGAUGCUUAGGAUAAUGAUGGGAGGUUUUUCACUUUUAGAUCAUUCCUAUGCUGUGCCAUGUUGUGCUUAUCUGCAGAAACUACGUCAAGGGUGUUUGUUCUAGAAAUGUGCUGCCCUUCCUCUGCAUGGCCCCUUCCCCAGCCACAUCCUGUUCUUUCCCACAGUGUGCUAUUACCUACAGUUCUUGGUUGGGUCUGCAGCCACCUGACUGUUGUUGUUUGAGACUUACACAUUAGCCCAUUUUUGUCUGAGUCUCUACACCUCUGUGGGCUUAAGUUGACCAAAAGAUCAGUCACAGUCUAUCAGCUGUAAGCCACAGUUUUAAGUCUUAGAAUGUGAAAGUAGGUCAAGAACCCAUCUUGAGGCUAUGGUGCAGCAGCUGUGUGUGGUUAGGAUGGUUUCUAGGUGUGCUACAGCUGUCUUGGAGAUAAAGAGGAUGGUCAUGUUAGUAAAACUGCCAGUUUGCUGCCUUUCGAGUUAGGCCUUUUUGCAUAAGGCAAAAGCAGAGAAGUAUAGAGGAAGUUAAACAGGCAAUGUUUUCUUUCUGGAUGCACAUACAAUACAAGACAUAGCAGGAAAAGUCUGUUUCUCACAGGACAACAAAUCACUUCUGCCACUUCAAUAAACAAUGAAGAGGCUUGUUGAUGAAUGAGGAGGAUUAUAUAGGCUGAAGCUUGAACUCUGAACCAUUAAAAUAUCUUAUCCAACCAGUCAGACUGGGAGCACAACAGAGACACUGGUGGGGGAAAUUAAAAGCUGCAGCCAUUUCUGCUUUUGCAUAUGCUUCCCCUGAAUAUUUAACUCUUUGCCUUUCACACUCUCCUGCACAGCAGGGAGGUGUAGAAACUGGAAGAAGGAGGAAGAUCUUCAGUUGUCAUAUUUUUAAACAGGAAUCUGAAUAGGUUUUCCUCCAGGUUCUGUUGAGGAAGGUGCCUAUGGAAUGUACCUAAUUUCAGUGCCUGCUUGAGGGCUCUCUGCUGUGCCUGUCUCUGUAGUCAGCCCAUGAGCAGCUGCGGUGUGGAAGCCAGGCAGACCCGUUCUGCAAGUGUGUGCCUUCGUGUCAGCUAUGUGUUGCACGUCCCUGGAGAGACAGCUGAGGAGACCUAGAGAAGCAAAGAACCAAAGCUGGGCGGGACUGGAGUAGAAAAAUCAGUGAGGAGGAAUUUAGUCAUAAAAAAAUUAGAACCGUAGCAAGGUAAUCAUCAGCGUUACUGGGAGUGGCCUCACAAACUGGGAACCGGCAGCUGGAGAGCUUCAGGAAAAGACAACCGCAGGACACGGGAAGCGGUGUCAUUCAGAGUGUACCUGAAAAGCUUGGUAUUAUUGCUGUGUUAUUACUCCUUUGACUGGAUUCCUAGUGUAGCAGCACCUUGGAACCAGGAAGUGGGGGUUGGAGACCUGCUUGAUUGUAGCUGAGCAUGGCAGUGGAUGUGAAAGGAUUCUCACGGAUGCUGCUGGAGUGCAAUAACAAUGACAAGCUGUGUGUUGUGCGUGAAUAUCAAAUGGAAGUGAUUGUUGUCCCAGUUCUCCUGGUGGGAUUUUUUGUCAUUGUGCUCACUGUGAUCCUUUGGCUCCACUGCCGUGGCCUGCGAGCAAAGCAGGAGCAAUCAGCACCAGCUAGAACCCAAGUGACGAAAAAGAAUCUGGAGGAACUUUGCUCAACAGAGACCUGCUACAUCCAGCUGAGUGAGAGAACUUUGGCGAGCCUGUUAAAUUCUGCAUCCUUGACUCUGAAAGAAUUAGAGAUACCACGAGAGAAACUCCUACCAGACACCUUGCAGCUGAUUAAAGUUGGUGCCUUUGGGAGCAUCUACAGGGCUCAGUUGGAAACUGGGAGCUCUGGGAAGACUAAGACUGUGGUAUUGAAAGCCUUGCAAGACCCAGCUAGUCCCCAGAGAGUAAAGGAUUUUUUGGGAAGGAUUAAAUUCCAUCAUAAUCUUGGCCGUCAUGAGAACCUGGCUGAAUUGGUUGGAUGUUGUAUAGACCAGCUCCCACUUUAUAUGAUCAUGGAAGAUGUGUCUCUUGGUGACUUGCUGACAUUUCUGUGGACAUGUCGGAAAAAUGUAAUGGCAAUGGAUGGUGUCCCCUAUGACCUCACUGAGAGACAGGUAUAUGAGAUUGGACAGCAGGUUGUAGCAGCUCUGGCUUAUCUUGAAGAAAAGAACUUGUUCCAUGGUGACAUUGCUGCCAGGAAUGUCCUUCUUCAUCACAACUUCACUGCUAAGCUCUGUGGUUUGGGCCUGGCGUAUGAAACUCACACACGUGGUGCCAGCUCAGACACAUGGAAAGUGCCCGUCAAGUGGCAGGCACCAGAGAGGCUCCUGAGAAAACCCCCUACCAUCAAGGCAGACAUAUGGUCUUUUGGAAUUCUACUGUAUGAAAUGAUUACAUUAGGUGCUCCGCCAUAUCCUGAGGUGCCACCUUCUGACAUCUUACCAUACCUGCAGAAACAGAACAUUAUGAAGCAGCCCUCAAGCUGCCAGCAAGCCAUGUACAGCAUCAUGAAGUCCUGCUGGCAGUGGACUGCAGCUCACCGGCCUUCUCCAGCAUACCUGUUGUGCUCCCUGAAAACAGCUAUGAAGACCAGUAAUGGGCACACAGUGCUGCAGGUGCCUGAGCCAGUGGUGCCUGAACUCUAUGCUGAUGUUGCUGGUGUUGAUGUGUACAGCCUGGUGAGGGAAUACACAAUCCUCUGAAGGGUCCUUUCAUACUUUGGUAAAGGAGAAAGAAGUCUCAGUGUUUUCCCUUUCUAAAUAUUUUUCAAGCUGAGAAUGAGGUGUGUACAUUGGAAGGGAUCCUUUUGUUAUUCAAACAUCUAUAAAAUCUCUCCUCCAUGCCAGACACAAGAAACUGUUAGCAUUAUUGUUAAAUGAUCCUGUUGGUGUCAUUUGGGAAUAAAGUGUUUAGGAAGCUGUAGAAAAUGUAAUGAGAAACUUGAGUUAAAGGAAUGUUAGGUUUGUGUGCAAGGUUUUGGUGAUGGGGUGGACUGCAGAGGAGACUUCUGUGAGAUGCCAGAAGCUUCCCUCAGCUCCAUGAUGGACCUGCUGCUGGUCAAGGCUGAGCCCUUCAGCAACACUUUUAGCACCUCUGUGAUUACGUAUUUAAGAAAAUGUAAAAGAUACUGCACAAUAGCAGGUGAAAGAGAGGAGUGUGACUGUGAGAGGAACAGCUCUGCAAACACACAGGGCAGGACAGAAGGAAGGGCAGGAGCUGCUCCAGGCUCCAGAGCUGAGAUUCCCCUGAGAUUCUGUGGUGCAGCCCAUGGAGAGGCAGCUGAGCCCCUGCAGCCCCUGGAGGAGCCCACACCAGAGCAAGGGGAUGCCUGAAAGAGGCUGUGACUCCAAGGGAAGCCUGUGCUGGAGCAGGGUCCUGGCAGAAUCUGUGGAGAGAGGAGCCCUCAUUGGAGAAAGACUGCACCUUAUGGAAAGGGACUCAUGCUGGGGCACGUAAUGAAAAACAACCCUUGGGAAGAACUCAUGUUGGAGAAAUUCCUGAAGGACCUAGUUUCCUUUGGAGGGACCCCACACUGGAGCAGGGGAAGAGUGUGAGGAGUCCUCCCCGCAAGGAGGAAGGAGCAGCAGAGACAAUGUGAGAUGAACUGACCAAAACCCCCAUUGUCCCUGCUGGAUGAAAAGAGGUAGAGAAAUUGGGAGUGAAGUUGAGCCUGGGAAGAUGUGGAAGAAAGUGUUUCAAGAUUUGGUUUUAUUUCUCAUUAUACUUCCUAAUUUGAUUAGCAAUAAACUAGUUUUUCCCAAGUUGA